GUAAGUGACGUCGUACUGGCUUGUUUUUGUCCGCCUUACGUCAGCGGCGCAGCAGCUGUAAACGAGCGCAGUCACGGUAAACGUCGACGACACCCUCACUGCGGGCGCCAAGUUCUCAUUUAGGACGGUUAAUUUCUUCUUUUUAUUGCCCUCAUACUCCGACGCGAGUAGUUUUGUCCUUUGGAAGCAGCUCUCGAGCUCGUCGUCGUGAGCUUUAGCGUUGUCGGCUAGCCGCCCGCUGCUCGCGCCUUGUCGGCCGACUCUAUGCGCGCUCCCGAUCCAGACGGCUCGGCGUGGACCUGGUAAAGAAGCCUGGGGGGCGCUCCAGCAUGGCGGCAGGAGGUCCCGAGCGCGAGGAGGACGAAGUGCUGCAGACGGCCUUCAAAAAGCUGCGAGUGGAUGCCGACAGCGCACUUCCGGUGCCCGGAGGUGGGCCCGAGGUUCCUCCGGCAGCGGCGCGGGACACAGGUGCGCCCAAGUCCAAACACAGCGCGUCCAAGGACAACUGGCAUGGCUGCGUGAGGAAAACGGCGCGAGGAGCCAGUCGGACGCCUCGGCGGCGGCGCUCCGAGUCACCUAUCCUGCACCCCCCAAGGUUCACCUACUCGGCCCCCGCGGGCGGCUCCGAGCAGCGCACUGAGCCCGCGCCAGAACCUCCCGCCCGAAUUUGGACCCUCCACCUUGGUGGGAAAGACGAGGAAAGUUCAGCUGCCGUCAGAGAAAAGGACUGUGCCCGGAGUGAUGACUUUGGACUUUUAUCCGAGCGGUGCAGCGCGGCGUCGCUGACUACUCGGGCGUACUCCUUCACGGGAGCACGCGACGUGGUCACCGAGCGACGCAAGGGUGCCCCACCCUCUCGGAGUGGUGGUCCCACCCCCCCGUCUGCCUCUCCGCGCUCAUGUUCCUCACAGGCACUCGUCUCUGUCGACGACGUCACCAUGGACGACCUGGCGGGCUACAUGGAGUUCUAUCUGUACAUACCCAAAAAGAUGUCGCACAUGGCUGAGAUGAUGUACACAUGAGUCACUUGUUUGCUUCCUUCUAGUCCCGCUCCAAUAAAGUUACUUUGAAAUUUG